UGUUAAAUGAGAAACUUCCUCAUUGCAUGGCCAAACUUUCUGGUUUGUCGUGAAUAGAGUACUGUUGCUGCUUGACGCUUGACAGGGUUCGCAGUGUUUAGAAAACGAUGGGGAAAAUAGAAUGGGCCAUGUGGGCCAACGAACAAGCUCUCGCAGCGGGACUCAUUCUACUUACCGGUGGUAUAGUGGGGGUGGGCGGAAUGUUUAGAGGAUGGGAGUUUGCUGCCUAUUCAAUAGCUGCAGGGGUGUUUGUAUGCCUGCUAGAAUACCCAAGAGGCAAAAAGAACAAAGGCACUAGUGUGGAGCGAACGGGUCAGUACUGCUUUACAGUAUGUGUGAAAGCGUUUGGUCCACUGACAAGGAACUACUAUGUCAGAGCGUUCAUACAUGCAGCAAUAGCUGUGCCGGCGGGAUUCAUGCUCGCUACCGUCCUUGGCUGUGUGUGUCUGGGGAUCGCCAGUCUGAUCUACCUGGGGGCUGCCAUAAGCGGGGAACAAUGGGAGCCCAUUCUGCCCCGGACGGAGACUCGGAAGGCAGUCGGAGAAAGCAUCAAGCAGCCCCCUCAGAACCCCCCUCCGAGACCACCAGCAGAGAUGCGCAGGAAACGGGCUGAGGACCUGGAGGGAGCGGCCUAUGAUAACCCCAUCAAAGUGUCCGCCAAUGAGGAAUGAAAAGCUUUCCAUCCGUCUCUUCCUCCGGCCUCCCCCCCCCUCCCCCAGAGCGUCCAUGUGCUGUACCCCACCACAACGACGGGUCUGCUGUCUAUUCCUUCUGGGAUCGGAACUCUAACCGGGAUCGUUGCUUUAAUGAGGGAAUGUUUUGGGAUGAGGAAUAUUUACCCUUCAGCUGUUUAAUUUUUGAGAAACUAUUUACCUACUCUUGUACAGUUGAAAUUUUAUAGUUUGGUUAUAUUUUAUAUUUCCGGAAGCUAGAAGAUCAAAAUGUGGUUACCGAAACCACAUGAAUACGUAUUUGUAAAGAGGGUUUAAAUGAGGGAUGUAUCUUUGUGUACAUGGAUAGGACCUUAUCUUACAGGUAGAUCAGAUCAGGUGAACUGAAUGUUACUGCCUGUUGCUUCAUUAUUUGCUGCUGUUUGUGGUUAAUUGGGUAAGAAGAGACAUGGGGAAAUUAUGUCUUUCGCACUAGCUGUGGUAAUUUGAAUUAAGCACUUCAAGGGUUAAGUUUGAUCGCUUUCAAUUGCAUUUUCUGUGCUUUUUACGUUGCACAAUCAUACAGAACAAAUAUCAAAGGAGUUGGUGGUAUCAGCUAUAUUCUGAAUCAUUUAUUUAGGUUAAAUAAACCUCUGUAAUGUACCAUCCACACCUUAAAAUGAUUACUAUCUAUGGGUAGUAAUGCAUUAUGCUAAAGAGUACUUAAGUUCUAAAUAUAUAAACUGUAGAGAAAUUCCAAGGUACAUUUAUUCUUCUUAAGUUAAUAAAGUUCCCCUCUUAUACCCCUUCUUGCUUAGCCCAGACCCAUGCACUAUUAAAUAACGUCUCACAUGAAGGUGUAUGGUGAGACAUAUUGUUACUAUGAAUUAUAGCACAAAAUAAAGAUUUAAUAAGGGAUGAAGAUUUGGAAUUACUUGAAAGUUGUAAUACUGUUAUCCCAAUUAUAAACAUGAUAAACUAUAUCUAGCGUGGUUGUCAAUCUCAAUACUGGACUGAUGAAAUCUUGACCUUUUGAAAUAUCCUGUUGCUUCCUGUAGAGUCGACCUUUGUCUUGAUUUCCUCAUAUCCGUAUAAUUAUACAAGCAAUUGUUACAGCAGAUGCCUUUUAACUAUUGUAGUUUUGGUUACUCUAAUUGCCAGAAAUCUAAUUUUUCUUUCUAUUGUACAUUUUUAUUAUAUUUUAUGAUAGUACAUUUUUCAACAACUUAAUUAUAUGUUGAGCUGUAUGUUAUGUUACUUAAUGUUGUAUAUCCAUCGAUCUAUCUCUGUCUUUCUGUCGAAAAUAACAUGUAUAUAUGAGAGUUUUCACUCAUGUUUACAUUACAGGACAUGCAGUAUGCAUGUGCCUUUUGUACAGUAGUACCUGUGUUAUACCCUUUGAGGGCGCUGUUCCUCAACGAACCAAGUGAUAGAAAAAUAAAAUAAAAACAUGAUCUGUAGAAGAAGCGCUCUGCACCAAUUAGAAUCACUCAUGUUAUGUCAACAUUCAGGCGCAGCCGAACGUCGUCAAGGUUCAGACAGUGGCCAGAAAGCCCUGGAUCCACCGCGUUCCCAUCAAAAUAAAAGCCUAAAAGUACACUAUCGGUUUUU